UUCAUUUACGAUAUGUCAUGUUCAAAAAUAUUUUCAGGAGAUUUGCCCGAAUUAACUUUCAAAAUUAUGAAAUAUUUUCAGAAUGAUUAUUCAACUUUACAUUCAUGCAUUUUAGUUAACAGAUUAUGGUGUCGUUUAUCGAUUCCAUUAUUAUGGGAAAAUCCAUUUUCAAUACAUACCGAAAACUAUAAUUUUAUUGAAAUUUACUUACAUAGUUUAAAUGAUGAUUUUAUAACAAAUAAAUAUAAGAUCAUUAAUAAAUCAUCACAUUCAAAUAUACUAUUCAAUUAUCCCAGGUUUUUAAAAUAUUUGAAUACAAAUGAGUUUAUUUUCUCUGUUGAUAAGUGGUCUAAACUUGUUACUAGUACUACAAACUCUGAAGAUAUAA